AUGGUGGACUGCUGUAAUACUCGUACGCCCGCCCCGACCGGGGCCACCAUCACGACCGCACUACCUUCCACCUUUCGGGCGGGAAAAGCACGUCCGACGCGCGAAAAGUCCACACUGCACAAAUCGUUGGGCGAAGGGACGGAUGCGGGACAGCAGGGGCGCGUACGGACGGUGCGGCUGGUACGACCACACCAGGGCUACAACCAUCGAAACCUACCGAUCACGGGCAGUAACUUUGGAUUUUCGAUACGCGGCGGACUGGAGUACGGUACCGGGUUCUUCGUCUCGGCGAUAGAACGUGACUCCGAGGCGGAUCGGCAAGGAUUGAAGGUUGGCGAUCAGAUUAUACGUGUGAACGGAUAUCAGGUGGAGGAUGCAGUUCACCGAGAGUUGGCACAGUUCAUCGCCAACCAGGAGCGACUCAUCAUGAAAGUGCGCGGACUGGGCAUCUUGCCGAUCAAAGAACGUACAGCGGAUCCUCUCACUUGGCAUGUGGUAUCGUUUGGCGUUUCGCGCGACAAACAGGAUGCGCUUCUGCUUGAGGAACCGUGUGGUGGGCGUGAUCUGAAGGUGAUCCUCUCCGUGGCACCCCGCACCAAGCUGGGCUGUGGUAUUUGCAAGGGACCCGAAUGGAAACCGGGCAUAUUCGUGCAGUUCACUAAAGAAGGGGGCGUAGCGCGCGAGGCCGGACUACGGCCCGGUGAUCAGAUUCUGUCCUGCAACGGGCACAGCUUCGCCGAAGCAUCCUUUGGUGAGGCGGUCGCGGUAAUGAAGUCCUCCCACGUGCUGGAACUCGUGGUGCGACCGAGCGCUGGGUUGGACCUGUUCCCGGGUGAGUCCAGCGGAUACAAUAGUUCCGCGAGCAGUGUCAAUGGGGAUCAGAGUCCUUGCUGGGGCGAUCAAACUUCCAAGCGGUUGAGCAUCGUCCGUGAAGAGUCUAUUUCGCACGAUCGACGUCGGCUUGCGGAGGUACCGGCGGUGCUGGAACAUCCAACCGGCCCUGAUAGUCAAUCUGCUGCCCCUCCUCCACCACCACCACAACCCCGGCCCAGUCAGGAACCGCAACAACAACAACAACAACAGGUGCUCCAGCAGUCAAGGGGCACAUUGGCCGGACCGACACGCAAGAAGAACACCACCAUAAUCGAGUUCUCCGAGCGAGGUGCGAUCGUGAACCCUGAAGCGAAACAGAGUGAAACGAAAACGAUCAUUGUCGAGGUGCACCGGAGCGCAUCGGCCGGCUCGAUGGUGGACGAUGAGUCGGGCACUGGGGCAGCGUCGGGCACGAUCAUUCCACCUCCUCCGCCCCUGUUCGCUGACGCUGUCGCGUCCAGUUCGCAACCAACGACAAAUUCGACCACGGUCUCAAGCACACCAGCUCCGGAACAAGCGUCCACGGCAGCUGCAGCCGCCGCAGCAGCAGCUCACAGCUUGAGCAAUGCGAUAUCGGACGAACUUCGCCGACGAGCUCAGAAGAAAGCAGCUCCCGGGGGAAUGGAUCCCGCUACCGGACCGGCUGCAGCACUGACCGAGCUAGAGAACCGGCUGAAAGAGAAGAAUGUACGGUUGCGCCCGGUAACGAUGGCCAUAUCUGACGAACGGCACACGGCACUGAUGGACGAGUUCCGAGCCGUACAUAAGCGAAUGUUCAAGAACGGGUUCGAUAACGCGGAACUGAAGAAACAAACUACAAAACCAUCCGCAAACAAUGCGGACCAGAACCAUCCCACCCACGGGGACACCGGUGGCAAUGGUACGAGAAAAUCACCCAAAGGAACGAUGGGUCGGGUCGCUGCGUCCGAGAUGGCGAAAGCGAGCGGUGACAGCGCCGAGCUGGAAUCGAUCGAAUCGUUCAAGCUGAACAAUCCGCAACCUCCGCCGGUGCGCCCACCUUCUUACUACUUCUGUCCGCAGGCAACCGGUCCGCCGACAAUGAAGAAAUCCCAAAAACCGAUCGCCGUCACGAUCAGCGAGUAUGCGACGAGUGCGGCACGCACGGAAGAACCAACCAAAUCGACACGCUUCGAUUUUGGGCAACUCCGUUCGGUGACGGAAGCGAUUGCCGGAGGUGUUGGACCGGUGGCUGGCAUCAAGGACGCAUCCUCGAACCGACAACGUCACGCACCGAUGACGUAA